AUGACAUGUAUUACAAUAUUUGUAUCUCUCAAUACGCAUUAUUGGAUACGAAAUAUGGGUGAAAAGGAAUAUCGAGGUCUUAUAGUAUCAUGCUACGAUUAUGGUCAUGAAUGCCAUGAAAGACUUAGCACUAGACGAGUACUAUGGUUUUUUUAUAUUGUCAGCUUAUUAACUUUUACACUCGAAAUAUUAAAUAUUUGUCUUUUAUGCAAACGAAUACGAUCUCGUAUUAAUCUCGUUUUAGAGGAAUUAGCUAUUAUAAUAAGCUUGCUAUUUGUAUUAUGUACUAGUGGGUUUUUGAUUGUUGGAUUUUUUGUAAUUAUGGCAAAAUUUAAUGAACAAUUUGAUUGGUCAUUUUUUAUAUUUGUACUAUCAUUCAUAUUAGGUCUUCUUGAUUUAAUAUGUUCAUUAGUUCGAGUGGUUUCCUAUUGCCGUGAUAAUUCAUUUCGCUCAACUUCAAUAACAUAUACAUCAACAGAUAAUCACGGAUCAGUUCGUAUUCAAUCAUAA